GCCUACUCGUUGUUCACUUGACGGUGAUGAUGGAUUCACGUGGAACCGAGUCAGGGCCCGGUGAGAAUGUGGGGCUUAGGCAGGUCUACGGCUCUUACACCCUCUCCCCCUACUACUGUCUGCGAAGAGUGAGAGUGAUAGUCAUCGGUCUCUGUGAGAACGCGGACAUCAAAUCGUCCGUUCUAUCUAGAGUUCGGAGUCGGACGGAUCGGGGUGAUCGAGAGAACACACGCGGGGUUGAUCACGGAUCGAGCGCGCACAAAAACGACGCGACAGGAAAUGGAAGGCCGGCUCCCCUUUUGGCGGAACCCAGAUACGGCGCCGCGCCACAGCCAUACGGAUCCACGCCACAGGUAACUUUCCCACCUGGUGCCGGUCACGAUCGUUACGAGGAGAAUUUCAAUGGACCAGCGACGUAUGCGGAGCCGUACGUGGAGCGUUAUGGUAUUAAGAGCGAUUUCAGCGGUCGAGAACCAUUACAUCCUACGCCACCUCGACCUGGUUACGUGCCCACCUUGGGGCAAACGCCACCUUCGAGCACGCAGGGGUCCGUGAUGAUGGUCUACGGGCUCCAACCGGAUAAAGUCAACACGGACAAACUGUUCAACUUGUUCUGCCUGUAUGGAAAUGUAACGAAGGUGAAGUUUUUGAAGACGAAAGAGGGCUGCGCAAUGAUCCAGAUGGGCGACAGCAUAGCCGUGGAGCGUUGCCUACAGAAUCUGAACAACGUGACGAUCGGUACAGACGGAAGGUUGCAGCUCGGUUUCUCGAAGCAGGCUUUCCUCUCGGACGUCACCAAUCCCUACAUUCUGCCCGACAAGACAGCGAGCUUCAAAGAUUUCACAGGAAGCAAGAAUAACAGGUUCCUAAAUCCAGCGAUGGCCAAUAAAAAUAGAAUACAACCACCCUCAAAGAUAGUCCACUUUUUCAACACGCCCCCGGAUUUAACCGAGGAGACCGUGCAUCGUGUAUUCGUGGAACGCGGUAUCGAGGCGCCAACGACAGUGAAACUGUUCCCCCUUAAAUCGGAACGAUCAUCGUCCGGCCUCAUCGAGUUCAGCAGCGUCGGAAUCGCGGUAGCUGCCAUCAUGGAAUGCAAUCACACAGCAUUGGAAAACAGCAAUGGCAAAUUCCCAUACAUCAUGAAACUGUGCUUCUCGUCGUCCCGCACCAUACCAACGAGUUUCCCGCCCAGCAGCGGCAGCACGUCGAGCAAUUCCGCCGGUAAUGGCCACGUCAAAAUGCAGCAGGACUCGGAAUAGAACGGCGAGGUCCAGGGCCAGCAGCGUCAGCGUCAGCGCCAGCGUCCCUCUCUCGCCCUGCACCCGUUGUGUGCCCCGACGGGCACGGCCCUGCACCCAGCCGCAGCGAUUACACUCUCCCCGGUCUUACCGCCGCCCGUGCCGCCUCCCCUGCCGCCCACCUGCGUUCUGAUCGCCACUCCAACUCUCUAUCCUACCGUGCCACCGCCACCACCGCCUCCGUUGCCUACGUUCUGGCCGUACUGAUGAGAAGAGCAGCGGGCCUAUUCGCCGGACGAGGCAGCAAAAGACGGAAAAAGAAAAAGAAAAAAAAAAUAUAUAUAUAUAUAUAUACGUAUAUACAUAUACAUGUAUGUAUACACAUAUGUGUGCAUAUAUGUAUAUAUGUGUGUGUAUGUGUGUAUGUGUGUAUGUGUGUGUAUGUAUGUGCGUAUACGCCACGCGCUUGUCCUCGAAUAUUCAUAUUCUACCGCUGCAUACUGAAUAUCUUUUAUUAUUAACUACCGUUGCUAACUCCUCCUCGCCGCGUGGUGACCAAAUCUGGCAAUGAUCAGACGCUGGUCGCUGGAAGAAGAAUCGGUUCCGUUCGAGGGUCAGCGGGCCGGAACUCGGCCUCGAUCGAGAGUCGAGAAGUAAACCGAAUAAAAAGAAUAAAAAAAAAAAAAAAAAAAAAAUCUGGCUCGAGUGGUUCUCUCGCUGGAAAAUGUGAUCGCGGCGUCGGCGGGAUCUCAUCGUCGUCGACAGGGUGGAACGUGGCACGAGCGAGCUACACGAAGGUCAUCGAGGAUCGUCCGCAUGGCUGGAUCGAAAUGAAAGAGUCUAUAUAAAAGGCGAGACAUCGAGGGGCAUCGAUGUCUGUGUGUUCCACUUAUUUUUCUUUUUAUCUCCUCCUUUGCUUUUUGCCCUCUCUCGAUCACCCUACGUACUACGCACUCUUCUUUCUCCUCUUCUGUAUACUCUUUUCGUUCUUCGCUUCUUUUUUUUUUUUUUCGUUCGUUCUUCCUUUUUUUCUUCUUCCUUUCUUUCUUUCCUUUUUUUCUUUUUUUCUUUUUUCUUCUUUCUUUUUUAUCUUCACCGUUCGUUUCACCGAUCUUAUCCCCCGCCCCCCGUUUCCACUUUCGUUUCUUCUUUCCUCCUUGCGUUGCUUUUGGCGAGGUCCGGGUAUACGUGCUUAGUCCGUACUGCGGAGAUCCCGUUACGUCAGUAGUGUGUCAGUAUUAACAACGGAACGAAACCUCGAGCGUAUCGUUAGAAUUCGUUGACGAAGAAAAAGAACGGAGCAAGGGGAACCGUUCUUCUUUUGCUCGAGGAAUUACAAGGAAUGCGAGGAUUCGUAACCUUCGUGGAAGCUUGUUUCCUUCUGUUAGACGCGAGGAUCGUUGGUGAAGAAUUGUCUUGAGAGAGAGAGAGGGAGAGGGAGAGAGAGUGAGAGAGAGAGAUAUUUCGGGAGAAACCUAGUGUCUAAUGGGAGGUUGACCAUGGUGGGCAUAGAUUACAUAUCAAGGGGCUGGGGAAGCGAGACCAAUACUUUUUCUCGAGCAACUGUCGAGCAAUUGUCGUUGUAUAACGACUUCACUCGUUGUCGAAAUAUUUGAAAAAAUGUUUAGAGGUAAAAGAAAAAUAUAUAUAUAUAUAUAAAAAUAAAAAUAAAUAAAAUCGGAAAAUUGACGAUUCCUCGCGAAGCUGACAGAUCAGAACACAGAACAGUUGCUUCUACGUUGACCCAGCGCGUAUAUAACGUUAUCACGUAUCGCACAGAGGCAAACCAUCACGUGUUUUCCACCAUUGUUCGUUUCCGUGGCACGCGUACGAGCUACCACGUCUCUUUUACGUGCAUAUUUUUAAACCGGGGAAUAAGAAAGAGAGAAACAGAGAGAGAGAGAGAGAGAGAGAGAGAAGAGAGAGAGGAAGGGAAAAACAAUGAAAAGGAAAAAGCAAACGAAAAAGACACCUCCACGAUCUCGAAGCCGAGUGCACCACCGCGUUCCUCGUUGACCAUUUCUCAUGGGAUCCAAAAUAAAUCGGAGGUUCCUCAUCGACCAUUAUAGAAGAUACAACAUUGGAUACAAUUAUCUGAGAGUGUUCAGGGGAUCUGGAUCAAUCGUGCACGCGAGUAUGUCCGCUUAUAUAUUAUGAAAAACAAGAUAAACUUACUCCGUCACGACGAAGAAAAUAGAAAGAAACAAAUAUAUAAUAAAAUACAUCCGACUCGCGAGAAUCUUUUUGCUAUGGAGCAAGAAACGAAAGAGAGAGAGAGAGAGAGAGAGAGAGAGAGAGAGAGAGAGAGAGAGAGAGAGAAGGAGAAAAUAUGGAAAACAAUAAUAUUAACAAUAAAUGGGAAAGAGAGAAGAAAGCAAAAGUCUCAUUGUUCUUCGAUUCUGAUAGCUCUGUCUGUCGUUGUUUUAUAUACUCUAUACGUGUAUAUAUAUUAUAUAUUGAUAGCCAUACAUGCGCUUCGAAUACGAAUAUCUAUUUAUGUUUUCACAUUGUUCAGAUUUUAUUUACAACGCUUGGAAUUGUGCUCGCAAGAGAGAAAGAGAGGGGGAGAGUGAGAGAAAGAGUGAAUGAGUGAAUGAAAGAAUGAAAGAAAGAGAGGAAGAUUUUUUGUAGGUAAUCAAGUUUGAGAAGAUGCAUUUGUUUUUGCACGUUGAAUAUCGGAUACCUCGGUCCCGCGACAUCCGGUUUUUUCGCCGGAAACUGUUUCGACAGGAAAACGUUAAGAGAAAAAAAAACAAAAAAAAAAAAACCGUAUAAACCGUCUCGAAUAGAGUCGCUUCUUUUUCGCGUCGCACGAGGAAACUUCUCGCGAGUCUCGAUUUUGGAGAAGAGAAACGAUUGAGCGAAGGAGGAUGGAAAGAUGAGAGGGAGUAAAAAUGGAAGAAAGAAAUUGAUGCAGAUAUAAUGAUUGUCUCGAUUGUUGGUGUCUCGAUCGAAAAGAUAAAAGAAAAAAAUCGUUGAUCGCAACCUUGCUUCUUCUCGAUGAAAUGUAAGAUACGGAAUGGGGGAAUGGAGGAGGAAUACAGAGAAAAAAAGCAAAUACAGAUGAAAAAUUCCCCUACGAGCUGUAGCGUUCAGGUUGCGACGACGAUUCGAUGUAUACGCGUGCAUUGAGAAAAAAACGGAUAGGAGAAAUGAGAAAGGAAGAGAGAGAGAAAGAGAGAUGAAGAGAAAGAGAGAGAGAGAAAGAGAAGAGGAAAAAUAGAGAGGAGGAAAGAGAGAAAGAAGCACAUGCGAUCGAAGGGUUAUAUUCUCUUGAAAGCGCUCGUACACUAUUGAUCAGAUCGCGGACUGUGAAUUGAAUUUUAUAUGAAGACAAUGAAGUCGACGACACACAAUAUAUUAGUGGUCCCACGGCAAUAUUUUGUCGGGCCGGGGGACAUUUUUAUAAGAAAGGUUUUAGAUCUCCGAUUUAAGAAAUAAGAUUACAAAAAAAAAGUGAAUAAAAAAAAAAAUGCGAAAAAAAGCGUAAGGUAAAGUAAAAAAUAAUAAUAAUAAUAAUAAAAGUAUAAAGGUUAAUAAGUUGUGUUUUUGAAGCGAACCAAAAUGAUUACUCUAAAUAAAUGUAAAAAGAAAAAAAAAAUUAAUAGAGACUUGACUCGGCCAUACGUAACGUAAGAUAAUAAGAAAAACAAAACAAAAUACAAACAAGUAAAGAAAAAAAGAAGGGGGGGGCUAAGUAUCUUGUUGGUUACCCCUUUUUCAAAGGAUGCGUGAGAGAGAGAGAGAGAGAGAGAGAGAGAGAGAGCGAGAGAAAUAGAGAGAGCGAGAAAUAAAAUAAUCCGCCAUUUUUGUCCAUUGAUCGUGAGAGAGAGACCUAACUUACGCAAACAAAAAAAAAAAAGAAAAAAAAUAAUAACGAGAAUUAUAAACUUAUAUAAGGGAAUUAAGGUGACAAAAAAAGUGUUUAUAUUCGAGGCAAUAUUUGUUACAAUACAACUAGAGAAUAAGUUGUACAUCGUUCUAAGGGGCUCAGUACGCAAAAGCGAGGAUCCUUGUUGAUUGCUGAGAUAAAUAGAGAAGAGUAUAACGUAAGGAUUAAAGAAAAAAAAAAAAAAAAAAAAAUAUGAGUGAGAAUGAUAGCGAAUAAAAAAUCGGAUGAAAAAUAAGAAAUAACCACGUAUAUAUCACGUUGUGCGUUGCUAUUUGACAAGAGUUUCUCAGAAUGGGAGAAAAAUUAUAACUUAUCAAUCGUAGGAUAUGUGUAUAUCGAUGAGAAAAAAAGGUACUAAUUAACGAAUUAAGGGAAAAAUUUAAGAAAACAAAGGACAAUUAAAACAAAACAUAGAUGCACUAUAAUUAAAACUACUUGUGCUCGAUGAUCGUUGCGUUGACGAUAAUGGAUCGUUCGUUUAUUAUUUUUCAAUUCCUAUUCACGAUAUUGUGUUCUGUUUCCACGACUUAUCGAUAUUAUACUUUUUUUCGUUCUUUAUUUUUUCUUGUUUUUUUUUUCUUUUUCUUUUUUAAACGUCCAACCAUUGGGAGGACUGUAAAAUUGUUUCUACAUCACAUUCUUGUAUUUUUUUAUUAUGAAUUAUAAUAAGAUGGUUACUAUUAUUAUUACUAUUGAUAAUAUAUUAUUAUUAUUACUACUACUAUUAUUAUUAAUUACCAUUAUUGUGUAAUUAUAUAUACAUAUAAGAUUACAAAAGAAUAGGUUUUACGGUAGAAUAAACAGUUAUAUCGCGAUUUUAUCCAAUAAUGAAAUAUAUUUCGGAAUUUUCAUUUCAAAAUAGUGAGCAGGACCUAACGCGUAAGGUAAAGAAGAAAAAAAAAAAGAAAAAAGGAGUAGAUUUAAGCAAUUAGAACUUGUAAUCAUAUCAUAAUAUUUUGUAGAUAUAUGUAUAUAUAUAUUAUACACACGACACACACAUCUAUAUAUAUAUAUAUAUACAUAUUAAAUGUGAUCUACGGAGUAUGGUAUAUUUAAAUCAGGAGAAUAUCGUUCCCUAAAUAUACUAAUAAAUAAAUAAAAAAAAUUUUUAACACGAUCUAAGAUCAAGAUCAAAUUCAAUUUUCAUACAAAUUUGAUGGUAAUUCUUUAAGAACAAAAAUUUAUUAGGAUAUGCAAAGAAAUUUUACUAUUUUAUCUCUUUCCUCCUCCCCCUCUCUCUCUUUAUAUUUUUUCUGUUUUAUUUUAAAUUUAAAUCAUGUAUGUGAAAUGUAUGAUGAUCGCAAGAAAGAAAUAUUUUUUCAUUUCUUUGAAAUACGCGUGAUCUAUACAUUACACAUGGAAGGAAUGAAAUUGAUAAUCGACCAGAUACAUUCUUGUUUUUAAGGAAUUACGUUUAUAUGUAUAUCGUUUAAUUUGCUUGGAGAAUUGUAUUCUCGUUGAACGAUACGCUCCUGAGAAUUCCUCUCCGGUGCGAUGUACUCUAGAUAGAUACACAUUAUGCAAGUGCGAAAAGAAACAAGGAAAAGAUUCAAUUUAAGAAUCAAAAAAAAAAAAAAAAAAAAAAAAAAGGAAAAAAAGAAAGAAAAUAACAAAUAAAAAUAUAAAACGCGUUCUCAUUUAUAAAAAAAAAAAAAAAAAAAAUUGUAUUUGAGAGGUCAAGCACGCAUGCCAGACUGUCGCUUAUUUUCUGAUACUUUACCUGUACAUCGUGAUCAGCGUGUAUGGUAAAGUAAAUUUUACUUACGCUAGUAUACACGUUUAACAACGAAUACUUGGUAAAAAAGGAUAAAAAAAAACGAAAAAAAAAAAAAAUGAAAAAGAAAAAGGAGAAAAAAGAAACCACACGUUUUUUUCCCUCCCCCUGUGCUGUGUACUUCUACGUGCAACACUGGACAAAAAAACAAGCAACAAUCUUUCAGAGUAAUAUCCCCUCGCGAUGUCCUGUAUUUUUUUUCUUUUUCUUCUUUUUUUUUUUUUUUUUUCUCUCUCCAUUUCUGUUCCUUUCUUCAUCUCGCGACGAACAGAGGUGUUCACUUCGCUAUUAACUACUACUAUUACUACUAUUAUUAUUACUACUACUGUUAUUACUAUUACUACUAUUGUCACUACUACUUUACAUUUAGCUCUUCCCACCGUCGUGCAUUGUAAUAUUCUUCAUCGAUUAGAACGAAAUGCCUUCUAAAUUGUAUCUCGUGCGUAUACACGAACAUGCGUGUGCACCAAGUUCUAUAUAAGACGACGAUCCUCCUCCAUAAUAAAAUUCCGAUAUAAAACGAGACCAGUGUGCGAUAGCGUCUCUUGUCAAGCGUGCGUGUUUUGAAAAACGGACACAUGUAAUCCUCUUGAUGAUACUAAUGUCGCGCGAUUGCUGCUCUCUCGUUCGAAGGCGUGUCAGAGGCAAACAACGACGGUUUCUAAAGCGGUAGAGCUUAUCUGCUUGUCUCCACGAAGACAUUGCGUCUAGAUCGAUUCGACGGUGGAAGGGUUAAAUUUAAAGGCAGAACGGAUAAAGUCUAAAACGAUAUCGCGCUGUUCCAUCGGAGGACGACGAGCUUCCGUCACGGAGGAUUUUCGAUCUCUUCGUUUUUCUUCUUCUUCUUCUUCUUCUUCGCUUACUUUUCUUUUCUGGAGGCUCGACAAUGAUGACGCGCCACGAUCGAGUUCCGUACGACGAAUAAAGGGGAAAUAACGCGCUGUGAAAAAAAAAA